AUGGAUCCAGAAAUUCUAGACUUAUCGUUCUAUCUUGGAACCAACAGUUCUGAACAGUCGAAGAAUUUAGAUGUUCCAUUAUCUAAUGGUCAGAUUGUUAGUAUCAACUUGGAUGAAGAGUUACCUGAUGAUUCUCUGGAAUUGGUGAGUUUUCUUGAAACCGAAAACUGUCCUACCAAGUACUGGAUCUCUGUGGCUCAAGCUUACUGCUGGAAGAGCAAGCCAGAAGAAGCCUUAAAGAUGAUUAACCACGCCUUGAAGGGAGAAGCACUGCCAGAUACCACCGAGGAUAAGAUCAAAUUACACAGCUUCUUAAGUUGGUUAUAUUUGAAGAAUGUAAGUCUAGGAGUUGAUAACAGAGCUACAAAUUUGAAGAGAGCUGCCGAAGAAAUCUCCAUAGUAUCCAGAGGAGAUGCUUCCAAUGUCCCCAACUUGUUAGCUAAGGCCAUAUUGUAUUUGUAUAGAGACGAGCACGUUGAGAAGUCUAUUGAAAUUUUCGAUAAAUUGCUUAAGAUUGACGCUACUAACUGCUUUGCUCUUCUUGGAAAGGCACAGAUUAUAUUGAAAAAGACGAAAAACUAUAGUAGUGCUUUGAAGUUGUACCAACAGGUUCUUUUGAUCAACCCAAUUAUGAAGCCAGAUCCAAGAAUUGGUAUUGGUUUAUGUUUCUGGUUGUUGAAAGAUGAGAAGAUGGCUAUUUUAAGUUGGCAGCGUAGUUUAGAAUUAGACCCUGAAAAUGUUAAAGCUAGAGUAUUGUUGUGUUUGUCCAAAUUCAAUCUGAUUUUCAAUGAAUCUUUGACGGAUGACGACUUCAUCGCCAAUUACAGGACAAGCUUGAAUGAAUUAGCAAGCUUGCAUAAACAAUCACCUAAUGACAGUAUCAUAUUAUUGUCAUUGGCCAGUUAUUAUUUUGCCAAGAAAGACUAUGACACUGUAAACAAAAUUUGCUUCAAAGUUGUCGAGACACUAGGAGGCGGUAAGGGAGGUGAAAGUAUAUCCAGUGGUAAGCAAUCCUCGUAUAAUUCAAUCUUGUUGUCAAAUGCUACAUUGUGGCUAGGAAGAGUUUCCUUUGCACAAUCAGACUACACCAAGUCACAAAAGUACUUCCAUGAAUCUAUUAAGUUGAACGAUCUGAACUUAUUGUCAAAAUUGGGUUUAGGACAAUCACAGAUUAGUAGAGGACUGAUUGAAGAAGCCAUAAUCACAUAUGAAUCAAUUUUAAAAACCGAUCUGAAAUGCUUGGAAGUAAACUACUCCUUGGGUUGCCUUUACAGCAUACAAAAGGGUAGAAGAAAGCAUGAAUUAGCUAUUCAAAUGUUGGAAAGAUACUUGAGACUAUGUGCAAAGGCUCCAGGCACUGAAGAUACAGCUUCUGGUGCAGGUGUAGGAAGCGAACCAGUUAUUCUCAAUGCAUUGCUCACCCUUGCAAAACUUUAUGAGUCAAAAGAUCUUAACCAGUCUUUGAACUACUUAAACAAAGCCAUUGAAUCUAGAAAGCUUAUCGGGAAGGAUGUGCCAUUGGAAGUAUAUAAUAAUGUUGGUGUUAUCCAUUUCAUCAAAAAUAACUUCGAUUCUUCGAGCCAGUUUUUCCAAACUUCACUCAAUAAUUUAGAUGAAAGUGAUAAGGACCUUUCGAAUGAAUUGAAAUUAACAAUUAAUUUCAAUUUAGCUCGUUCAAAGGAAAUUACGAACAAGCUGGAAGCAAUCGAGAUUUACGAAAAAUUAUUGGAAGAAUGUCCAAGCUAUUUCUCAGCAAAGCUUAGAUUGUUGUUCUUGAGUUGUAUUACCGAUAAAAAGGAUGAGUCUACUCUCAGCGGAAUUAAGGAAGAAAUAGAAAGCUUGCUUAGUUCUUACACAUCGAGUUUGGAAGUUCGUUCCUUCUAUGGAUGGUUUCUUAAUACCUUUGGUAAGAGACUUCAAAUUAAACCCGAUGCAGAUACUACUCACCAAAAGGACACACUUGUCGAAUACGACUCCCAUGAUUGUUAUGCUUUACUUUCCUUGGCAAAUAUUUAUUGCAUAAUGGCGAGAGAAAUUAAAGUCACUUCUGCUCAACAAGGAGAAAAGAGAAAGAAAUAUUAUAUCAGAGCUAUUGAAUUGUUUUCUAAAGUACUAUCAGUAGACCCCAAGGAUGUUUAUGCAGCUCAAGGUUUAGCAAUCAUUUACAUCGAAAGCAAAGAAACACACAAAGGUUUAGAUAUUUUGAGAAAAAUCAGGGAUUCUCUCAAUGAUGUUUCCAUAUAUUUGAACUUAGCUCAUGUAUUGUUAGACAUGAAGCAAUUCAUUAAAUCUAUUGAAAAUUAUGAAAUUGCAUUGCACAGAUUUGGUGGUAACAAUGAUAGUAAAAUUAUAUCAUUAUUGGGUAGAGCAUGGUACCUCAGAGGAAUGUAUGAAAAGAACAUAGUCUACUUGAAGAAGUCAUUGGAAUUUAGUGAAGAAGCAUUGAAUGAGGAUAAAGGUACAAAUGGAGCUAACAAGUCUAGCUUAAAGUUCAAUUUGGCAUAUGUCCAAUUUCAAAUUGCAGAAUAUGUUAGUAAAUUACCAGUUGACCAAAGAAACGUAGAAGAUAUUAAAAGUUCCAUCUUAGGAUUGAAUGAAGCAAUUAGCGUGUUGAAUGAUUUAGCAUCCGAAGAAGAAAAGUACGCUCCAUACCCAAAAUCUGAUUUAAAGGCCAGAGCCAACUUAGGUCAACAAACCUUAUUGAAUAGAUUGAAUGCUUGCUUAGAAGAAACGACAGAAUUCUUGGCUAAGUUUGAGCAUAGAUUAGAAGAAGCUCAAAAGGAAAGAGAAAGAGAAGAGCAAGCCUUACUUAGAGAGGAAGAAGAAAGAAGAUCCAAGCAAAGAGAAAUAGAAGAAGAUUUGGCCAAGGAAAGAGCCAAGUUACAAGAACAAGCACAACAAUGGGUAGAAGAAAAUAGAAUGAAUGUAAUUGAAGACAACGAUAAUGAUGAUGGAUUCGAAGAUGAUCAAAGAGACGGUGAAGAAAAAGCUAAAAGAGCCAAGGGCAGAAAGGCUGCCGCUGGCUCCACUAAGAAGGGGAAGAAGGAAGCUGGUAAGAAGAGUAACAAGAGGAAGAAGAAGAAUGCUAUUGAAGAUAGUGAUGAAGAGUCAGUGACUGAAAAAUCUGAACCAGAGGCCUCAGCCUCUGAACCUGAACAAUCUGAUAACGAAGGUGAAGAACCUACAGCAGUUGCUCAAGACAAACCAAGUAAGAAGAGAAGUAGAAACGGAAAGAAGAACAGAAUUGCUGAUGAUGAUGAAGAUGAAGACGGAGAAGAUGAAAACUCAGAAGCAAAGUCUUCGGGUAAUAAGAGAAGAAAGUCAUUCUUGUCCAGCGAAAAGAUCAUCGACAGCGAUGAGGACCUCGAUGAUGACGGAUUAUUUGGAGAAAAUGGGGAAGAAGAAUAG